AUUCGGAACAUGUCGUGACUCACUGUCCGCUUCCCGAAAACAGGAACAGAAGUGCAGCUUAUACGGGAAAAAACCUCAAGAAAAACCCACGAUCUGCUCGAGUGAUGUUCAUAUAACAUGUUAAAUACGAGCAAAACUGGAUUUGUUUCAAGUUUGGAAAGUUAUUGGCGGACGCUUAUGAUUCAGUCUCGUUUACUUUUUGUUUGAAUCUGUGGUUUGAAUUAUGAAGAGAAGUUUUAUGUAGAAGAGAUCCAGCAACACAAACACACAACAACUCAGAUCAUCUUCAUUUCAUGUGUACUGGCUGCGGGUCCUGGAUCGAGCCGGCGAUGUUGACUCUGAUGCUGUGCUUCAGUCUCCUGUGUGGCUUCGGCCCGGUGUGUGUGAUCAGACGAGCGGCAGGUGUGCGGCUCGGGGUCAUGAGUCUGGCCUCGUGUUUGUCUGACGGUGUGUUUCUUUGCUCAUGUUUGCUGGAUCUGCUGCCCGAUUAUCUGACCCACGCCAGAGAAACCUUCAGCCGGCUCGGCCUCGCGCUUCAUUUCCCGCUGGCCGAGUUCAUCGUGUCCAUGGGAUUCCUUCUGGUGUUCGUGUUGGAGCAGAUGCUGCUGGCGUUCCGAGAUCCGACGGGCUACGAAUCCCUGGAGAAGCAGGUGCUCGUAGACCCUCACAUGACCCGGAGUCGGGAUCCUCCCGGCCGAUCCUGGACCGGUGAAUCCCUGGAGAAACAGGCGCUCGCAGACCUUCACAUGAGUCGGGAUCCUCCCGGUCAGUCCCAUCGUCUCUCCGGAUCCGCUUCUCCGGAGCACGUGGGUCUGCGUGUGCUGCUGCUGGUGUUCUGCCUGUGUGUGUGCGCUCUGGUCGAGGGUCUGAGCGCCGGAUCCCAGCUGGAUCCCGAACUAAUCCUGCAGAUCGGAGUGACGCUGUUUCUCCGGCAGGCGAUCAUGGCGUUCAGUCUCUCCGUCCGGAUGAGCCACUACGGUCUCCGUCAGGCCGUGGCGUCCGGAUGCAUCUUUCUGUUCUCCCUCUCCUGUCCGGCGGGAAUCGGGAUCAGGAUGGGAAUGGGAAUGGUCGGGAUGACUCCCAGCGAGACGGUUCAGCUGGUCCGAUGUGCCGUGGAGGGUCUGGCGUCGGGGAUCUUCAUCUACGUCUCCAUCGCUGGACUCCUGUGGCAGGAAUCGGCCUCUCCGAAGCAUCGCGUCCACAAAGUCACGUUCCUGCUCACGGGAUUUGCUCUGGUUACUGCCGUUCUCUUCUGUAAAGUCUGAUCGGAUUCGGAGCGCUUGGAUCAGAAAAUGUGCUUUAAAGGUGUUGAAUGUAGCUUUAUCGCUCUACUAAAGCGUAAAAUACCAUAACAUGGCUAAUUUCAUAUAGUUUUUUCUCUGAAAAACACUUCUACAGACAGUUAUUUUACUUAUUUUACACAUUUCAUGUUGUCUGUCUGUUUUUGUUAUGGUCUGUGUGACUCCGCCCACUGCCAGUUCAGCCAAUAGUAUUUAGCCAAUAGAAAACACAGUGUAUUGCAGCCAGCUGACAAACUGGGUCAGAGACCUAUAAAGUAUUCAUCCAAAAAUCUCUAUGAACGAAAGCGUAUUAAAGCGUGGAUAAUCAUCUCAUCCUCUCUCAGUCUCUCUGCUCGUUCCUGCCGCGUGUGCUCAAUCUGGCAACCCUUGGGAGCGUCGAGUCUGAGGAGGCGGAUAACAACGAUCCCUGAUAUUUUGAUUUUGGACCGCAGUACCUAUUUCCACCACUAGCUGUCAUUCUCACAGACUGCACCUUUAAAUACACAACAUUUCAAUAAAAUCAGAAAGCAUUUCUUUAUCUACUGGAGCUCAUGUGUAGAAUGAAGUCUUCAUAGAUAUUUAUUUGUACAUUAUCUGCUGUUUGCUUUAGUUUAACCCUCUAUUAGGCAGUUUUAUACUAAUUUAGGCUAUUGUACAAAGUGCUACAGUAUUUUUACACAUAUGAUUCUGUAUUCCUGCACAGCAUUAAAUGCAAACACACACAUCUGUAUUAUCAGAUGAAUGUCAGAAUGAUGCAAACAUCUGAUUAUAUGUGUCACAACAGAUGGUGUAGAAUCAUUAAUAAUGUGUGAGCUGUGUUUUAUUGUGUGUGUGUUGUGUUCAG